UUGGCUUAAAUGCUGCGGCGGGAAGGCGGCGGCCUCAGCUACCUCAGCGGUUGGGAGGCGGAUGGCUGAGGCAAUGGCGGAUAGCUACAACGGCGACAGCGAGCCUACGACGCGCACGCUCUUGCGGCGCGUGCUGGAUACUGCGGAUACGCGCACUCCGCGGCGACGCCGAAGUGCUAGAGUUGGUGCCCAGAAAGCCCUACUUGAAACACCUUCCUCCAGGAGGCUGAGCAGCCCAACAAAGAUGAAUGUGAGGCGACAUUCCCAUAGAGUGAGGUCUAUUGGCAGAUUGGCCCAUGUUCACACCAGUGGGAAUGUGGAGGAACAGACACCCCGGACUCUGCUGAAGAACAUCCUUCUAACUGCCCCAGAAUCUUCCAUCAUGAGGCCAGAGUCUGUGGUGAAGCCAGUGCCGACACCACAAGUGGUCCAGUCCUCUAGACGGGAUAGCAGUCGGGGCAGCCUGGAGCUGCAACUUCCUGAGCUUGAGCCCCCCACAACCCUGGCUCUAGGUCUUCUGGCUCCUGGCAGGAGGAAGCAGAGGCUGAGAUUGUCAGUGUUUCAGCAAGGAAUGGACCAGGGACUGCCUCUCUCCCAAGAGCCUCGUGGGAAUGCCAGUGCCUCCUCCCUCACCAGCUCCCUCAAUUUGACCUUUGCCACUCCUCUCCAGCCACAGUCAGUGCAGAGGCCUGGUUUGGCUCGCAGACCUCCUACCCGCCGAGCUGUAGAUGUGGGUGCAUUUUUACAGGAUCUGCGAGACACUUCUUUGGCCUUGGCUUCUCCAGGUGACAGCCUCAGAACCCCUGUUGCCACCCUGCCAGCGGAUACUGUGUUGGAGGACACUCAGCCCUUCUCCCAGCCCUUGGUUGGCCGUUCCCCCAGUGGGUACCAUUCCCUGACCUGUCUCUCUCACACUGAGGUUGAAGAUGCUGAGAGGGCUGUCAGUCUCAGGACACAGAGCAGUGGGCCUAGGCUACAGAACCAUAGCCUGUAUGUGUGCCCUGCAGAGUCCCCUGGUUGUUGGUUCCUCUUACAUGUCAGAGCAGAGUCGGUUUUGGACCAGGAUACUCCAAACAAGUACCAUCCUGGAAAACCAGCUGAACUUCUGGCAGGAAAGGCAAAGAAGGUUGAUGCCCAUGCUGUGAGCUUCCCAAACAACAGCAGUGCUAUCUCUGGAGAAGAUGGAGUGGAGCCCUUACAGGAUGGAGUUGAUGAGGAGGCAGAGGAAAGGAUGGAGGAAAGUCUGAGUGUGAGCGAAGUGAUGGACACAACAGGAACACAAGGAUCUGUCAGGACAGAAAAGUCUAAGAGACAUAGAGAAAUGUCAGAAGCUGUUGAGGCCAAGGAGCCAGAAGGAUCUUCAGGAGAUGAGGACAUCUCUGGUAGGAGAGCAAGUCCAGAGUUGGCUUCCAGCACCACUGAGUUUCUUCAGGCCAGACAACCUCAGUUUCUUGAGCCAGCCCUACCGCCUAGCACUGCAGUUUUAUCUUCAGAGCCUCUGGAGCCUUUGCCAACCAGGCUUCCUCCCAGGGCCCGAACCCCCGGCCCCAGACCCCGUCAAGAUCCCCACAAGACUGGAUUGAGCCACUAUGUGAAACUCUUUAGCUUCUAUGCUAAGAUGCCCAUGGAGAAGAAGGCUCUUGAGAUGGUGGAGAAGUGCCUGGACAAGUAUUUCCAGCAUCUCUGUGAUGACCUGGAGGUAUUUGCUGCUCACGCUGGCCGUAAGACUGUGAAGCCAGAGGACCUGGAACUGCUGAUGCGAAGGCAGGGCCUGGUCAACGACCAAGUCUCCCUGCACGUGCUUGUAGAGCGGUACCUGCCCCUGGAGUACCGGCAGCUGCUCAUCCCUUGUGCAUUCAGUGGCAACUCUGUCUUCCCCGCCCAGUAGUGUCCAGGACUCAACACCUGCCCAGGCCCCACCUGGGAGACUGCCCCACAUAUUUUUCCAGGUCUCCUCCCCAUCUCCCCAGCAUCAAUAAAGUGUCACAAACA